AUGGCCACUGCCGCGGAUCCGGCCCAGACGCAGGCGCAGGAAGAGAAGGCGAAGGGAAACGCCGCCUUUCAAAACGGCGACUUCCACGCUGCUGUUCAACACUUCACAAAUGCAAUUCAACUUUCUCCUCAAGACCAUCUUCUGUACUCGAACAGGUCGGGGGCUUUCGCCAGUUUGAAGGAUUUCGAAAACGCCCUCAAGGAUGCCGAAACCUGCGUCAAGCUCAAGCCCGACUGGGCCAAG